AUGGCCGGUGGUGGUGAAAAUCCUAAAACUAAGCAAACUCCCAAGAACAAGGCUUGUCUCAUCUGUAUUGAUGGUUGGGGUAUCUCUCCCAAGGCUGAUCAUCUCGGCGAUGCCAUCUACAAUGCUGAAACUCCUGUCAUGGAUAAGCUCGAAAAGGAGGAUCCUUUCGUCCCCAUUGCUGCUCAUGGUCUUUCUGUCGGUCUUCCCGAUGGUUUGAUGGGUAACUCUGAAGUCGGCCAUCUUAACAUUGGUGCUGGUCGUAUCGUCUAUCAGGAUAUCGUCCGUAUCGAUCUUGCCAUGAAGAACAACGAGUUUGGUCAAAUUGAAAACAUCAAGGGUGCUUUCGAGCGUGCCAUCAACGGCAACGGUCGUCUCCACUUUAUGGGUCUCGUCUCUGAUGGUGGCGUCCAUGGCCAUAUCGAUCACCUCAUCUCUCUCUUGACUGCUGCCAAGGCUGCUGGUGUCCCCGAAUCCUAUGUUCACUUCUUUGGUGAUGGCCGUGAUACCGCUCCCAAGUCUGCUGCCAAGUACAUGCAACAACUUGUGGAUGCUAUCAAGAAGCUCGGUUACGGUAAGAUCGCGGAUGUAAACGGUCGUUACUAUGCUAUGGAUCGUGAUAAGCGUUGGGAGCGUAUUCAAGUUGCCUUUGAUGGUAUGACCCAAGCCAAGGGUGAAAAGGUCUCUGACCCCGUCAAGGCCAUUGAGGACCGUUAUGCUGCUGGUGAGACUGAUGAGUUCUUGAAGCCCAUCAUUGUUGACGAAGCUGGUCAAAUUAAGGAGAACGAUACCAUCUUCUGCUUCAACUUCCGUUCUGAUCGUAUGCGUGAAAUCGCUCAAGCUUUCGGUAUUGCUCCUUGCCCUUUCGACUCUCCUGUCCCCAAGAACAUUGAACUCUACACCAUGACUCAAUACAAGGGCGACUUCCCCUUCAAGAUUGCUUUCCCUGCUCAAUCCAUGGACAACGUGCUCGCUGAAUGGUUGGCCAAGAACGAUGUUCCUCAAAUGCACAUUGCCGAGACCGAAAAGUAUGCCCAUGUCACCUUCUUCUUCAACGGUGGAUCUGAAGCUCAAUUCCAUCUCGAAGAACGUGGUUUGGUUCCCUCUCCCAAGGUUGCCACCUACGAUCUCCAACCCGAGAUGAGCGCUGCUGGUGUCGCUGAAAAGGUCGCUGAAGCUCUCGACUCCAACAAGUAUCCCUUCGUCAUGUGUAACUUUGCUCCUCCUGAUAUGGUUGGUCAUACUGGUGUCUAUGAAGCCGCUGUCAAGGGUGUUGCUGCUACUGACAAGGCCAUCGGUGUUGUUCUCGAAGCUUGUAAGAAGAACGGUUAUGCCCUCUUUGUUACUGCUGAUCACGGUAAUGCCGAGAAGAUGAUUGCUGAUGAUGGCAAGAGUCCUUUCACUGCUCACACUUGUGCCAAGGUUCCUUUUGUCAUGGCUGACGAUGAUGCCAAGUUCAAGUCUGAUGCUGAAGGUGCUCUCUGUGAUGUUGCUCCUACAAUUCUUGCCUACAUGGGUCUUGACAUUCCCAAGGAGAUGACCGGAAAGUCCUUGUUGGCUUAA